CUUUGUGUGGAUCAACAGCUGGGUGGAUCUCUUCACAAAAAAGUAGCUUCAAUGACAUUUUCUGUAGAGAUGGCAGCAGUCUGAGCGAGCGGCUGUCCCGUUGUUCCCCCCAGGAGUGCCUUUCCACCGCUGUGCCAUGGACUUUAACGUUAAGCGGCUCGCCGCGGACGCCGGUACCUUCUUUACCCGCGCGGUGCAAUUUACAGAGGAGAAGUUCGGCCAGGCUGAGAAGACUGAGCUAGAUGCUCAUCUGGAGAAUCUGCUGGGAAGAGCUGAAAACACCAAGCAAUGGACGGAGAGGAUCAUGAAGCAGACUGAGGUCUUGCUACAGCCCAACCCAAAUACCAGACUAGAAGAAUUUGUGUACGAGAAACUGGAGAAAAAGGCCCCCACACGGAUGAACAACCACGAGUUGCUGGGCCAGUCCAUGAUUGAGUCAGGAAAUGAGUUUGGUCCUGGAACUGCUUAUGGAAAUGCUCUGAUAAAAUGCGGCGAGACGCAGAAGCAGAUUGGUGGGGCAGAGCGGGAGUUCAUCCAGAGCUCUGCCAUCAACUUCCUCACACCUUUCCGAAACUUCUUAGAGGGUGACUUCAAAACCAUCCUGAAAGAGCGGAAGCUGCUGCAGGUCAAACGCCUGGAUCUGGACGCAGCCAAAACCAGGGUGAAGAAAGCCCGGAUGCCUGAUGCCAGAGCAGCAGCAGAGCAGGAGCUGCGGAUGACCCAGAGCGAGUUUGACCGGCAGGCAGAGAUCACCCGCCUGCUGCUGGAGGGCGUCGGCAGCACACACGCACAUCACCUGCGCUGUCUGAACGACUUUGUGGAGGCCCAGAAUACUUACUACGCACAGUGUUACCAGUAUAUGGUGGAUCUCCAGAAGCAACUUGGCAGUUUCCCCUCGUCAUUCUCCAACAACAACCAGUCUUCGGUGUCGGGCGGGGCCAGCAUCUCUGUCCCCACCAUCCCGGUGUCGGCCUCCCUGCCCAGCGUGUCGGGGGGCCGCAACAGCCUGACUGCAUCGGGGGGGUUCAGCGAACUGCGGAGCUGCAACGGCAGCCGCAAAGCUCGGGUCCUCUACGACUACGACGCUGCCAGCAGCAGCGAGCUGUCGCUGCUGGCUGACGAGGUCAUCACAGUCAGCAAUGUACCUGGCAUGGAUUCAGAUUGGCUAAUGGGGGAGCGGGGCAGCCAGAAGGGUAAAGUGCCAAUCACCUACCUGGAGCUGCUCAACUGAGCCGCGAGAGCGCCGCCACCCCCACUCCUGCUCCAGCCCGAGUGCCCCGCUGUCAUCUCGUAUUUAUGCCGUACUGCAGGGACAAGCCUCGCUUUCUGUUCACUUCACUUCUAGAGUAAGUUUGUAAGGAGCCCCUCCUGCAGUAGGGCUGGAAUAAAUAAAUUCACAUGAUGGGAAUGUAAAUGGACCCGUUUCUCCAUUUGUUUGCAGUACCUUUCUAAAAUAUACUUUUGUGUUUGAUGCCGUACAAACUGAAAUAUGUGCCAGAACGUCUUUUUAAAGGAUUGGAUUUUGUUUACAAAAUAUCUCAGAUGGUGACCUAGAUUAUUUUUCUCCCCCAUCUUCCAGUGAAAUUAAGUUGUUUUCUUUUGUUUUUUUUUUAUUAAAAGCGGAGAUAUGGAAAGCACAUUUUGUUAAAAUGAAAGAAAAAGCACUUCAGAUGGAAGUGGAGAGUGAUGCUGAUUAUUUUUAGUCUUAUUUUAUAAGCGAUAAUCUCAUGGAGCAGUAGCUGUUAUGGUUAUCCUAAAUAUGAAUUGUAUUUUAACGGUAUAAUUUGUGUUGUGUGUCAGCUUUAUUCAUAUAAAGCCUUACUGGACUGAAA